CACGACCGAAUUGUAUUGCGGAUGGAAACCGCGAUGGACGUACUCGACCGCUUCGUCGCGGCCGAGGAGAGCGUCGUGGACAAGCUCUUCCGCAGUCGCGGGCAGACGCUGCGCCUCGAGCUGCAGUCCCAGCGCAUGCUCUCGCCUGAGUCGCAGAACCAGUCGUCCGGCCUCGCCACGUUUCCUUGCCUCCUCCUCUUCCCACAGCUCGACGCUGCGCAUCGGGCGCUCUUGGCAGGCCUGCGCCUCGUCAAGACGCAGUCGCCGACGCUCAGCGACCGUGCAAGGAGCUCGGCCGAGCUCCUCUUUGAGCGCGCGCUCGAGUUCAAGACGCUCCAUGCAACAUACGCGUGGUACCAUCAGCUCAUGCCGCCACCGAGCGAUCCAAAGCUCGAUGCGCUCUUCCGCCUUCCACUUGACUGUCUAGAGGCGUACGCGGUGUGUAUGGACGCGCUCGCGCCGUUUGCCGAGCGUCCAGACGACUGGUAUCUCAUGUGCGACCGGCUCCACGAUGCGUUCUCGGACAUUACGACCCAGCGGACGCGCGCGAUGGACAUGCUGGCGCUGGAAGAAGGCCUCGGGAGCGGCAUCGAUCUCGUGGCGAGGACGCUCAUUGCGCAGAACGUGGUCUCGAUCCAAAUGACGGGCGAUGCGUCGCUGCAGACAGGCACCUUAUACCUCUUCGAAGAUCUCUGCCUCAUUGUCGACACGAACGGGCACGACCUCUUCCAGCUGCAAGCCGCCGAAGUCUGCAAGGCGCUUCGUAUUCCCAACACACCCGACUGCUUUCUGCUCACGCAAGAUGCGCACUGUACGAUUCUGGCGGCGCCGGCCGUCGUGCACUCGCUCCUCACUUGCAUCAACGAGCGCUUCCUCGCGCCCGACACGUUUGCGUUCGACUUGCACUCACUUCUGCAUACGAUGGACAGCGGGCUUCCGACCGACUGGCUCGUGCCCAACUCGGAGGCCGCGCAGCAAGCGCUCGUGCGGAGCGACCUUGUCUGGCUCUACGAGAAGGACCGACCCCGACCGAUGCUCUGCCAGUUCUUCCUCCUCCACGACAUGAUUCUAUACGGCGAGGUCGUCGGCAUGGCCCACUGCAAGUACCUUGGGUACUUUCUUGGCGAGUACGUCUCGCUGCGCCAGCACGAUGUCGAGAACGUCGGUCGUUUGGAGCUUCUUGUGGCGCACGCCGAGACGCAGCACGAGCUUCUGUUGGUGCUCGAGCCGCUGGACCCGACGGCAACGGCUCUGUGGCAACAGCACAUUGCAUCGUUUGUGCGAGUACCCGAGGCGACCGCGCCUUUGGACGAGUCGUCCGUGACCAUGAUGCAUGACGAGUCGUCGGUGACGACCAUGGCGUCAACCGCCGACGCCAUCACGUCACCGCCGCCGUUUGCGUCGCCAAAAACCACGUGGCGCAAGAAGAAACCAAAGGCGCUGACGCCGUCGUCGACAGAGACACAUUUGCCAACGCCAACGGCCGAGCCAACGGCCGAACCAACGUCAAGAACCGAGACUCCCGCGCUCGACUCGAACGAGACCAACACGGCGUCACAAGAGACGUCGGGGGUCCGAUCCGGCGUCGCUGACGAACCACCAAGCGCAGCGACGACCAUCUUGACGUCGAUCGUCCCCAUCGCAGCGCGUGGUACUUUGCGAGACCCGAUUGAUGAUGACACGGUGGCCAGUACGCCGGAUACACCGGACGCGCGGCAGCCCCGGGGACUCGCCAUGUCCGAGGCGUCAGUCAACGACCAAGCUCGUGACGAAACCAAGACCAAGCGCCGCCCGCCGGCCAAGAAGAAGCUCUUGAAUGAGACGGCGCCGCUUAUCGUCGAGUUUGACGACGACGUGCCACUCGCACGCGACAUUGCCUCGAAACCCACCAAAGCCAAGCCGCCCGCCAAGAAGAAGGCGCCGGCCAAGAGCAAGAAAAGGGCGGGGCCCGUGACGCCGCGGACCGCGCCCAUCGCGAACGGUGACGUGACGACGCCAGCCCCCGUGUUUACGACGGCGGUGCCCACGAGCAGUGGCAAGAAGCGCAAGGCCAAGGCCACGCUCGUCAGUCCUGUCCUUGGCGCGCCGGCCAUUGACGAGUCGGACGAUGAUGCGCCGCUGCGGUCCAAGAUGGCCAAGACAGUCCCCGACUUUCCACCGUCGACACAAGACAUGGAAGGCAGUGCGAUUCAAAUUCUGUGUCGCAUUGCUGACGCGCCGCCAUCAUCGUCGUCGGCUCCGUCGCCGACGGUGCUGCGCAUUGUGCUCACGGGCUUUGUUUCGACGGACGCGCUGCUCUUCGAGAUUGCAGCGAUCGCGUCGGCGCAGUACGAAGACGAUGUGAUGACCGCGACCCACAUCAUUGCGCCGCGAGGCAAGUUCAAGCGCACAGUCAAAAUCCUCUGCGGCAUCUCGCGCUGCUUGCACAUUUUGGACGAAGAGUGGCUGCACGCGUCGGCGGCGCUCGGCUAUGCAGCGCCCGAGGCGCAAUACUGCCUCAAGGACGACGAGAAGGAGGCGCUGUGGGGCUUUACAUUGCGACGCACCAUGUACGAGUUUAGCUUGGCCCAGCGCCAACGCCUCUUACGUGGCCACUCGUUCUACGUGGCAACGCACAAGAGUAUCUUGCCGCCGCCAGGCGAACUCACCAAGAUCAUCACAUGCGCGGGCGGCGAGAUGACGUCCGGCCUGCCCAAGCCCGAUACGAUCGUGAUCGCGUCCAAGGAAGCUGUCGCGACGAGCGCCGUCCAGAAACAACUGCAGCACAUGAGCCGCGACAAGUGCUUUAGCGUCGAGUUGCUCCUCAUUGGCAUUCUCCAGCAGACGCUGCAGUGGGACGCCUUCCGGAUCCACUGUCCGCUGCCACGAAAAGGGCGAUGAUAACGUAGUUAGUACAAGUUGUUAUGGUCGAGU